CCUCAAACUCCAAACUCCAUCUCUCCAUGUCCACUAAUCUUACUCCAUGGAUUCACGACUAUUUAAAAGACAUUUCUCAACGACUUGGCGUCAAUUACUUCAGUACAGUGCCUGCCACCAAUCCCAAGAAAGUGCAAUUGCUUGCAGUGCGUCGUCGCCUUCGCCUGAAUCCAAUUAUUUAGUCUUAUUGGUGGCAGUUCCGUGGCUCCAGGCCUAUGGAUAAUGUCUCGUCGCUCAUAUGGGCGGAUGUGUCUGACAAGGCUUUCACAAUUCCUGUGGUGUUCACUACAAAGGCGAUAGAAUCAUACAGACAGCGUUACCCAAUUGACCAGUGUGAAAAGGCAAUCCUGUCCAUCAAGUCCUUCCGUCCGAUUCUUCGGCGCAUACCCUUGCGAAGCACUACAGGACUGACAGACAAGGCAGAGCUUGCACUUCAAUGCGAUACAUUCUCCGUUGCAGAAAAGUCUCUGACAGAUACAUUGGGUCAGCCGGCAGAGCUUGAUACCAGCCCAGACUUAAAUGAUUGGAUAAAUGUCCUGAGGCGGGCGGGUGGCGGUGGGUCAGCAUAGUUCCGCUACAAGACACUCCUUGUGCUGAUAACCGUAUUAGCAGCACCUCCUCCACCAGCACUAUCUCUCAAAAACAAAGCAAGGCCCAGCUGGAUGG